ACCAGAGCCUUUCAGUAGUAGUAGGUCGAUGGAUCGCAGCGGCCACCCGAUAUCGUGAGCCCUAAGCUCACGACUUUAUCAACAUAAUACAAAUUCGCCAAUAAAAUCAUUUUUCUCUCUCUCUCUAUUUGAAAAAAAAAAAAUCUGUUCGCGCAUUCGCCGAAAAGGAAAAACAUCAAAUCGGCGAAUACGCGUCAUUAUCAUAAAAUUCUUUCCUUCUCUUUUCUCUUUCACUUUCCUCUAUUUUCUUUCAUUUUCCACUAUUCUCAUAUUCCCCCCCCCACUCUCUCUUCCUCUAUAUAUCUGUAUUUAAAUUUCCACCUCCCUUAAUAAAAUUUUCACUUGCCGGAUUCUGCCAUAUCUUCACGGAUUUUCUCUCUAAUAACAAGAAUUUUAAAUUUCUUUUUCUCGAGAAAUUUAGAGGGUUUAGAAUUUAGAAAAUAUUCUAUUUAAUCUCGCUUUUUUCCAAUUUCCUUUUUCCUUUCAAAAUAACAAAAAAAAUAAUUUUCCUACUAAACUUGAUUAUUCGAGUAAUUUUAAUGAAUUUAUGACUGUGAUAUUGCUUGUCUUUCUUAAUUAAAGAAAAGUGAGGUGUAUUGAGUGUUGUAUACGUGGGCGGUAAAGUGAUCGUUGUUAUACUGUUGGUGGCAAGUUCAAUCAAGAUUCGUUAUGAGAAACACUAGCGGCAUAAUGGAGGAUAAUACACCAGAGGAUACAAUGAUGGAUUGUGGAGAAGAUGAAAAGGAACUUGAUGAUUUAAUGGAAUUAGCAGCUAAUAUUGCUAAUUGCUCACCAAGCAUUAAAGAUGCUGCCGAGAGAUUAUUGACUCUAUUGGGAGUGGACGAGGAGAAUGAUGAUUUUUCAUCAGAAGACGAAGGCGUCGAAGUUGAUUUAGAUGAUACAGAUGACGAUGAGGAUAUAACAAAAAAUUCCCUCUUACUACAACAAUUGGCCGUUUCAUUAGCUCAAGAAUUAAAAUUUUCACAAAGAAAACCAAACACCACACGAACAAUUAUUCAAAGUGAUUCGACAAAAAAUUUUCCCCAAAAUGACAUUAUUCAAAGUGAUUCAACAACAAUUUUUUCCCAAAAUGACAUUAAAAGUGAUUCAACGACAAUUUUUGAAAAAUCAAUUCCAAAAAAUCAGCUACAAAAGGACAUGCAAUUUAUGGAUAUUAGUCAAGAUGUGAAUAAUGAUAAUAAAAAAUACAGUGAUAUUUAUAGUAGGGAAAAUAAUUUAACAAUUAAGUGUUUAGAGAGAAAUGAAAAUGAAAAUUCCAAUUCAUCUUCGUGUGAAUUUAAUAAAUCGUUUGGAAAGAAUUUCUCCCAAUCGUCGAAACGUGAACAAUUGAAGAAAAGAUGUCCCUAUUCGCGAGUGAAAUUAACGGAUGGUGAUUUUAGAAGAAAGGAGAAAUUAUCGAAUGUUGAAUCGAAUUUAACAUCGUGGAAUGCCGGUUGGAAUUCGUGUGCCAAUGAAACUUUGCGUUAUCUUAUUGUCGACGAGGGUUUACCACCCCAUCAUCCAACUGUUGUCGCCAUGAGAAAUCAUCUCGAUUUACAGAGAGAACAGGCAUUUUUAAGGUCCGGAAGUCAUUGAUAGAAUGAAAAACACUUUUCCAAACGCUUA